AUGCUAAUCAGUUUGUUCGGAGACAAUCCAUAUUUUCAGGCCGGAUUUGGUCUGAUGGGCCUAGGGGUUGGCCUGAGUGCGCUCCGUCAAGCCCUCAUUAUCUCGUCGGUAGCACUCCGUCGUCGCAUGCUUGUGUCUCUUGAAAUCAACAACAAGGAUCCGGCAUAUGACUGGUUUCUCACUUGGAUGGCCCAGCGUAACAGUGAGGCAGCAGCACAGCCGAAGAGAAUAUGGUCACCGGAAUCAUGGAUCCGUAGCCAUCAGAUCAGCGUCCAGACCCUGCAUGAGCAGCGGAAGAACGGCAGCUCCUCCGUGCUCUUCAAGCUCGUCGCUGGACCCGGAGUGCACUAUUUGCGAUACCGUAAAGCUUGGAUGCAGGUUAAAAGAGAACGAGAGACGCGAUCUCAGCAGCUGAUGUCGGGUAUCCCCUGGGAGACUGUCACCCUUACCACGCUCUCGCGCGAUCGCGACAAGUUCCGCGAGCUGCUAUCAGAGGCUCGUGACAUGGCACUCCGUGCGCAAGAGGGAAAGCUGGUGAUACAUACAGCAUGGGGAAUAGAAUGGCGGCCGUUCGGCCAGCCACGACGGAAGCGUCCGUUGCAAAGUGUCGUGCUUGCGCAAGGUGUCGCAGAGCGCAUCGAGGAGGACGCAAAGGCGUUCUUGCAGAGGAGGAAAUGGUAUGAGGAUCGAGGUAUCCCAUACCGCCGAGGAUAUCUCUUUCAUGGUCCGCCAGGCUCGGGCAAGUCCUCAUUUAUACAAGCUCUUGCAGGCGCUCUUUCGUAUGAUAUUUGCCUCCUCAAUCUGUCUGAACGCGGGCUCGCCGACGACAAGCUCAUCCAUCUUCUCUCCAACGCCCCGGAACGCAGCUUUGUGCUCAUCGAGGAUGUCGAUGCAGCAUUUAACAAGCGGGUGCAGACCACGGCAGACGGGUACCAAUCUUCCGUGACCUUCUCAGGAUUCCUCAACGCGCUCGACGGAGUCGCGUCAGGGGAAGAGCGCAUCAUCUUCAUGACGACCAACCACCCGGAGCGGCUCGACCCCGCGCUCAUCCGGCCGGGACGCGUCGACCUUGCGGUCCUUCUGGACGACGCGGCCCCAGAGCAGGCGCGCAGGCUUUUCAUGCAGUUCUAUCGAGGCGCGGAUGGUCACGAGCACAUAGGCGAAGAGCAGCUCGAGAGCAUGGGCCGGGAGAUCCAGGAGACGGUCGAACACGACAUGAAGCUGGGUCUGCGGACGAGUAUGGCUGCGCUCCAAGGUCUCUUCAUCAGGAGCACAGCCGCGGAGGCCGUGAAAGGUGUCAAAACGCUGAUAGUGCCACAUGCGUCGUGA